CAGUGUGCUGUGCCCGGUGCCCGCUCUCCUCCGCUGUCUUGUAUGGAGCUGUAGCUACAAGCAGUGUAUAGGCGGCUGCCAUGGCAACCGAGCACAACACACAGCGAAGACGGGCCGGAGCCGUACACUGCAGGUGACUCCAUGUACUGCGGGUUAUUUCUCUAUUCUGUGUCCUUGUUAUGGUAAAUCCCGGGCCAUGGCCAUAGCUCUGAGCCAGCAGUAUAAUAGGGCCUGUACAGACUUAAACCAACCAGUCAACCAGUUCAUUGAAGUAAUGUUCAGGCAAUAUACAUCUACAUUGAAGAUUUGUGGAAAUAAUCGACUAGUGGCCGUCAAACGUGUUACAGAUGAAGAUUUUCUUGCUAUUUCUCGUGUAUUAAAAGAAAAUAAUUUCAUAACAAAUCUUGAUCUUAGGUUCAACAAUUUGACCAAUAAUGGGGCAGCGUACAUCGCCAAAUUUCUUCAGGAUGGCUGCUCCCUGUUCCAUUUAAACCUUAUGGGGAAUGACAUUGAAAUAGAUGGUGCAGGACACAUUGCUAAAGCUUUGCAUAGGAAUGACACUCUUAGAAGCCUGAGGAUGACAGGUAACAAAAUUGGCAACAAGGGAGCAAUGUUCUUUGCUGCAAUGCUGCAAAUAAAUUCAACUCUCGAAGCACUGGACCUCGGAGACUGCGACUUGGGCAUAGAAAGCUUGAUAGCAUUUUCUACAGUCCUAAAGCAAAAUGACUCGAUAAAAUCGAUAAAUCUAAACCGCCCUUUGUUUUAUGUUUUGCAGGAGGAUACUACCAAUCACAUAGCUCGAAUGUUAAAGGUGAACAAUACUCUUAAGGAGAUCCAUCUGUCAAAACAUGAGAUGACAGAUUCUGGAGUUGAGCGUCUUUGUGAAGCCUUACAUGAAAACAGGACUCUAAAAUAUCUCGAUCUAAGCUGCAAUAAAAUAACCCGUGAUGGCGUCAAGUGCUUGGCAAACCUACUGAAGACAAAUGCAGUACUGGAGAUCUUAGACUUGACAUCAAACAGAAUGGAAGAUGAAGGUGCAAUCUACCUGGCUGAAGCUAUUCAUUCAUACAAUCACAGCCUGAGAGCGUUAGCAAUUGUAAGUAACAAUAUCACUGGACAAGGACUCAAGGCUCUGGCAGCUGCAAUCAAAGUAAAUAAAGGGCUAGAAUACAUCUAUAUUUGGGGUAACGUACUUGACGAAGAUGCCUGUUUGGCAUUUUCAGAGCUCCUCUUGACCGGUCGCCUGAGUGCCUCCUCCACAGAUGUACAGCCCUGUAUGGUUGAUGGUCGUGUCUACCUUGCAGAACUCUUCCAUGGUCUAAAGAAGCAUUAUUAUUGGACUCCAUCUUACGGCAUUGCAGAUGAUCCUGUAUGUAACUCCAGUCUCACAAUAAUAAAUGAUCAUACGUCCUGAAGGCAAAAACAAAUUUCCCUGAAAAGAUAUGCUAUUUAUUUAAGCCAGGGCUUACCAAAACUACAAUAAAUGUGUAUAAUCACCAUUAACAUGGCAAUACUUACAUUUUAUGUCACUUUUGAAGAACACUAUGCUUAAAACAUGCAAACAUUUUUAAAGAUACAAAAGUUUGAAAAUAAAUGGAAAUAAAAGGA